AUGGGAUCAUUCAAUCGCUUCAGUUCUGCUCGUAUGGCGGACAAAAAAGGAAAGGGUAUUCUCUUGGAGGAUGAAGACGAACCCAUUCAGUUGGUAGAUGACGAGGACCCUCAUACCAUCAGAGAGUACCGUAUGUCUUUGAUCGGUAAAGUGCUGAACCCAAAGAAACAGAACGUGGAGAAACUAAUCAGCCAUAUGCCGACUCAAUGGGGAGUGCAAGAUAGAGUCACAGCCAACGAUUUAGGCAAUGGAAAGUUCUUGUUCAACUUCUCCUCAGAAGGGGAUAUAAAAUUGGUGCUGCAACAGGGUCCUUUUCAUUAUAAUUUCUGUAUGUUCGUGUUAGUUCGUUGGGAACCUAAUGUUCAUGAUGACUAUCCCUGGACAGUUCCCUUUUGGGUUGAGAUUACUGGAAUACCGCUUCACAUAUGGACUGUCAAGAAUCUGAGAAGUAUUGGUGGUAAACUAGGACACAUAGAUACAAUGGAGCUUUCGGCAGGUAGGCUGCUAGUUGAUGUUGAUACCAGGAAACCUAUGAUUUUUACAAAGAAAGCUAGCUCGCCAGAAGGAGAUGAAGUCUCGCUCCAUUUCACUUAUGAUAAGUUGUUUAAGCACUGUAAGUACUGUGGCUUCCUGUCACACGAAGAAGCUCUAUGCCCAAAGAAGCAAGAAGACUUUCGCCAACAAGCAAAGCAGGCAGGUGUUUUCUCCAGGGUUCAACUACCUACGGAUUCACUCUCCCAUCAACCUUUGUUGAGGGAUUCUCAUGAACGUGAGCGAUACCAUGACCGCAUGGAUCGCAAUUUGGACUUGCGUAAAGAUCGGCGAUCCACUAACUAUGAUGUUCCAGUGAAUGCUUCUAACAGGACAGGAUUUGAGGCUUCAAACCGUGGUUAUGGCCCAGAGAGACACUCUCGUAGACAAGAGGGGAACAGAUGGAGUCGGCCUCGUGAAAGGAACAAACAUGUGGAGAAGAAGGGUGAUGACUCUUUCGUUAACAAAGAGGAUCAUGCUACAAAGACCCAAGGUUUACAGCCUUCCUCGUCGUAUAUUGGUCAAACGGAGCAGCCACAUGAUAAACGUUCCAGUGGCAAGAAGUUAGCAAGCACUAUUAUCACACCCUCUCGUGAUGAAGUUUCCAACGAUGAUAACGUUACUUUUCGUUAUAAGGAAAUAACACGUGCUUUUGAUUUUUCAAACACUGAGAAUGUUGUGCCUCAUGAUGAGGAUGAAGGACAAAUUAUUGGUGCACUGCAAGAUAUGGACAUGGGAGAGGCGGGGGAGACGGCUAUCAUUGUAGCCCCACAACAAGAAGCAUGGAUGGAAUGUGAUGACAUAUCAGAUGAUUUACUUGGGGAGGAGUUAAAUGAAAUGGAUAGGGUGGUCUCUUCUCGUCAAGUGGAUCAGGUUCCAAUGGGUGCUGUCAAAAAGAUAAAAGGGAAGCGAUCAACCUCAAGCAAGGGUUCUUCACGUCAUAGAGUUCCACUCGGUCUUUCCAGCAGAAAGGCUGAGCUCUUCCGUCGGGGAUCUCCAAGGAUGCGCAAUGCUGUUUUACCUCCUUCUGGGGAAACAAAAGAAAAUGGUCAACCACGUCCAAGUAGCUCAAAGAAAUCUAAAGCAGAUUUGCGGCAUGGUAGGGGUUCGGAGGGGUCCUCAAAAACCUCCCGUUCUCAUCCAUGA